AUGAAAAGACAUUAUGAGCAGCUGGAACGAGAGAGAAAAGAGGAGAGGAAGAGAAGAAAACGAGAGGAUGAAGAGAGACGAGUGGAGAAGAGAAAGAGAUGGGAGAAAAUGAUGGAAGAUAUUAAACGAGAGCAAGAGGAGGAGAUCAAGAGAAGAGAAAGAGAGGAGAGAGAAAGAAUAGACAGAGAAGAAAAAGAGUGUGAUGAAAUGAAACAGAAACAUGAAGAAGAGAUAGAGAAGAUGAAGAAGAAACAUGAAGAUGAAGCCAGAAAACAAAGAGAAGAACUGAAUGAUUUCAUCAAGAGAAAAGAGCAGCACAUGCAGGAUCUCAAGGAGAGACUUGAAGAGAUUCAAAGACAACUGAAUGAAGUGAAAAGGUUAAGACAGGAGCUAGAAGCUAAAUGGUCAUGUCAAGUCAUGUGAAACACUUUUGAUCAGCCAAACAAAUUACACUUUUCUUUUGUAGUGAAUGUGAUGGUUUUUUUCUUUUCUCUGUAUUUCUCUUUCUGUCUAUUCAUAUAAUCAGGGUUAUUCUCAUCUGCUCCUGAAGGCUCACUGUCAUAAAGAGUUUAAUCACUUACUGCACAUACCUGUCAGUUAUUAAGAGAUCACGCAGACCUUGAUGAGGGGUUUGAUUAGAGUUAAAGUUCUGCAGGAGCAGGUUUGAAUAGACAUGAACUAAAAUGAUCAUAUACAAUUAAUUUUCUUUUCGUAGAUUUUAAAAAUGAUGAAUUAUAGCAGACCAUAAAAUAGAAAAAAGAUAGAAAACUGAUGUCAGCUGUUCAUGGACUGUAAAAUCUCUCAUGCAGUAGAUGAAACCCGAGAUGCUGAUCACAAUAUUAAAGGAAGUUUUUAUUUACUUUAGAUGUUCUCAUUUAAAUAUUUGUAGCGUCAUCAUUGUAAUCUGAACAUUAUUCUGAAAUUACGCUUUACUUUCACAUUUUCUGUUAUUUUCUGGUGACUAACAAUAAAAUUAAAGUUCCUCAAUCACACAGACCAUGUACUGCUG